UUUUACUCAUAAGAUGUUUUUGUUAAGCUCAGCAACAUAUUUCCUAAGCCACAUAAAAUUAAAUAGAUACUCUUUGGGAAGCUAUUGCUGUAUUUCCCUUGAUCUGUCAGCACAUGGUAUUUAUGCCUUUCUCUAUGUGGCUUUGAUAAAAUAUUGCUGAUUUUAAUCUAUUGUAUUCAAUGUAUUUUCAUAUCCAGUGACUUAGAGGUCGCUGGGUAAUGGGAAUAUUGACAGGUCUGGUUCUAAGCCGUUGGCCACAAAGUGAGCUUUAAUGAUGAGCGUUUGCAAAAGCUGGACCAAUGGGAAGCUUAUAGAGGUGGUUCUCCAUUACGCAGAGACUGAGGGAAAAAUCUUAGUGUGGCAAAGGCAUUUACGUGGAUUAAAAGCACCACUGUGUUCGCCUGGGGUAGGGGGGAAAGAGAUCUUCCUGCCAACCUGGCCUAUUUUCUUCAAAUAAUCUCCAAGGAAACAGCCUGUGCUGAGCUAGGAUCUGAUUACCAGUUGCAGGCCUCAGACCAUAGCCAUUAUUGUUUUAACAUUUCUGCCUUCAUCUUUAUCCCAGCAGGAACCAAGGCUGUAUGGGCUGCUGUGUAACUUGACCUUGCUUGGAGAUGAAAAGACAGACUCUGACAACACCUGCUCCAUUUGCUGAUGAAACAAGCUGCCAGUGCCAAGCCCCCCACGAGAAGCUAACCAUCGCACAAGCCCGCCUCGGAACACCAGUUGACAGACCUGUCAGAGUGUAUGCAGAUGGGAUAUUUGACCUCUUCCACUCUGGCCAUGCUAGAGCUCUUAUGCAAGCCAAAACUCUAUUUCCAAAUAGCUACUUAUUAGUAGGAGUUUGCAGUGAUGAUUUAACUCAUAAAUUCAAAGGCUUCACUGUGAUGAAUGAAACUGAGCGAUAUGAAGCCCUCCGACACUGUCGCUAUGUGGAUGAGGUCAUCAGAGAUGCACCCUGGACGCUGACACCUGAGUUCCUUGAAAAACAUAAGAUUGACUUUGUAGCCCACGAUGACAUCCCAUACUCCUCCGCUGGCUCGGAUGAUGUAUACAAACACAUAAAGGAGGCAGGAAUGUUUGUACCAACACAGAGAACCGAAGGUAUCUCCACGUCUGAUAUCAUCACAAGGAUCGUCCGGGACUACGACGUGUAUGCCCGGCGCAACCUCCAACGAGGAUACACCGCCAAAGAGCUCAAUGUUAGUUUUAUAAACGAGAAGAAAUACCGCUUUCAAAACCAAGUGGACAAAAUGAAAGAAAAAGUCAAGAAUGUGGAGGAAAAAUCAAAAGAAUUUGUUUACAAGGUGGAAGAGAAGAGCCAUGACCUCAUUCAGAAAUGGGAAGAAAAGUCAAGGGAAUUUAUUGGCAACUUUUUAGAGCUGUUUGGACCCGAUGGAGCCUUGAAGCAGAUGUUCCAGGAACGAAGUGGCCGAAUGCUCCAGGCUUUUUCUCCCCGGCAGAGCCCCAACAGCAGUCCCACACGAGGCCGCUCACCGUCCCGUUCUCCAUCUCCACCCUGGGUCUUCAAUAAAGCCUCUCCUCCAUCUUCUCCAAAAGCUGCCUCUGCCUCCCUCAGCAGCAUGAGCGAGGGAGACGAGGAUGAAAAGUAAAAUAAAGAUAUAUUUUUUUAACCAUGAGACAGAAGAACAAGCCACAAACUCAACCACUGGAUGGGGAGAAGCACGAGGAACAUCAGGGCUAUCUCUGACAGCGGGAAACGUGCUCUGGAAGAUGCCGAAAGCAGACUGGAGCACAGCAAGGGAGAUCUCAGGAAGAGCUUAUCCCAUCCCCCCUCCCCCCGGUGCCUGGUGGCCCAGCCAGCAGUGCUUGCCAGACACGGAAGCAGGGUCUGACAGAAAACAUACACCUUUGUGCAGGCUCCUGUCCACGUCUCGCUGCCUACAGCUGCUGCGGCCGGGCCAGGGAGCUCUGCACCGAGCAGGGCUGGCGGGGGAGCCCUGCUGGACCCAGCACAUAGGCAAGCAACGGCUGCAGCGUGUGGAUGGAGAAGAUGCAGCCAUACCGGACCCUGCUAACCCCGAGCUCUUCUGGCAUGUGAAGAAGGAAUGGCGCUGCUGCAGCGAGUACAUUCAGAAAUGGGAUGAAACUUUACUUCUUUUUCAGCAAGAUCGGGCCCAGACCUCAGACCACGCCAGUGAAAUGGAGAGCCCUCCAGCUGAGUUGGUGGGAAUCCAUUUAGUACGUUGAAGCUACUGAAUGCUGCUUGUUGACCAAGCCUCUGUACAGGGUGUAUGUAGAGUUGGGCUGUAUUUGCUUUAUCAAAUCGCUCUCCAUGUUCCCAGUGCCUGAACAGCCACCUGAUAACUUCUGGUUUGCUCCCUGGCUUUGCACUUCGGAGGCAGGAAAGUAAAUGAAAACACAGCCCUAGCUGGAGUGUGUUGCAGGAAUUACAUAGUUUGAAGAUGUUGGCAAUCUUUACUAGUGAAUUCUGAACAACACACAGGAGCCCAAGGCCUCAGGACACAGCCUCCUCGGAAACCCUGCUGCUCCCAGCUACGUGUCACCAAAUGACGAGCACAACAGCGCUGCUGUCACCGCAUGCUACUCAGAUGGUUAAAUUUCUUACCAAACUCCUGUUCACAGACACCCUGUCCUGGAGACGGUCCCAAGGCAUCCACCCUCAUGUGGAGAAAAAGUUAGGGACAAGGAAAGGACAGGUUAGGCAUGGGGGUUUUCCUUCUCUGUCCACGACACCCGCACAGCCCCCGGCAGAACCACAGCAAGAGUAGCAUGAGUGAAGCUUCCCCCCCCUCAAUGCACUAGCCCGUCUCUUCAGCUGUGCAAAGCCAGACCUGCCUGAUGCCCGGCUCCACCGUGCAGCCCCUCAGCUGGCGCCUGGCCCCAGAGGCUGCCCUGCCCCGCAGCUCAGAGCACCACAGAAGACAUCGUGGUAGGACUGCAAAUUAUCGGUGCCAGUUUGCCCCUGGGCUUGCCUGGCAAAGCCUGCCUCAGUGCACGGGCACGCUGGAGGCUCUCCAGCCCCGUGCCAGGCCAGGUAAAGGCUGCCACCGCCUGCCUGUCCCACCUCGGGCAGGCUGGGCAGGGGGAUGCACCACUGCUGCCUGGAGCUGCAAACCCGCCGGGCACACAGACUGCUGUGGGCAGCACCAGGCAGCACUCCGCUGGUUCCCCCCACAGGCAGCACAGGGAACACUGGGAGAGGGAGGGCUCUGAGCGACACUUGGAAAGAGCUGUAGGAACGAGAAGAAGAUGCCUGAGCAGGUGGUAGGACCUGCUAGCAGCAGUUCCCCUUGCAGCCACCAUCCUCACCUCCCCCAGUGACCGAGCAGGUAAACUCCUUUCACUCCUUCCCUUUCAGAUGCUUUUCCAGGCAGGUAAAUUACAGACCCCGGUACCAGGCACCAAAUUAUCCCCACCUUCUGUUCAUUCCUACAGCUUUCAUCCCUCCCACACUACAGGGUAACCAGUUUGUCUUUGGGAACAUUUUGCCAGACACUUCUGGGACUACCGUAACACUAAGGAUGUUCCAUCUCAUGGCGUGCUUUGUCCUCUGGCGUCCAGUUAGUUCCUUCUUCACAGAGCUGCGAAAAGAGAGGAGCAGGGAAUAGGGUGGGAAGUGCAAAGGGAGAGCCAGGGCUAGUUCAGCUGCUGCCAGCUGUGUGCCCAAUGGGGCGAUGCAAUUAAGAUUCUCAGCCUUAGGCAACCUGUUACUGUAAUUUCAUACCUGGGAUGCACUUGUUAGUUUUUCUGAUCCUUUGCGAGUCCUAAGUCUUCCCAUCACAAUCCACUCCUCCACCACGGGAACUGUCUGCUCUCCACUGGUGCUGUUUAUAUGAUGAGCCAUGGCCAAACGCAAUGGAGGUCGGCAGGUUUUUGUUGUUCUUGGCUUUUACCAUUUUUAUUUUGUUUUAGUUUCACAACUUACUGAUUUCAUAAACUUACUCCUCAGCAGCCUUUGUUCAGUGGUUUGAGUGGAAGACAGCACCAUGACAUGUAAAUAGGGACAAGACAAAACCUCACCAGUGGCUUCUGCCAAACAGAAACUGUUUCUCAGAGUCACAGGUGGCCACCCAGCAACAAAGCCAUACCCUGUACCAGGCGCUCGGUCGCAUUUAGGAUAUCAACAAGCUGAAGCCUUUGCCCUGCUGGUACAGACACCAACCCCCUGUGCUGUCUCCAGCAAACCAGAACCUCAUUGCCUCUGCACACACAGAGGGCAGUUUUGCACUUCUGAGUCACGGUUGAGUUUUAUUUUUCAUGGGUGUUGCUUUAAUUCAGUCCUAUUUACCAGCCAAGCUCCACAAGAAAAAUAAACAGUGUACCACAGAUACUGCUGCCUCUCACCCUCAUUUUACAGCACCUCUGGCACAAACACACCCCCAGCACAAGCCCCACUGCCAGCACAGUGCUUGUUAUCCCCAUCCUUUGUACACCCAGGGCUUUACACCCUGCCCAAAUGCCAUUAGAGCAGCUUCACCAACUGCCCCAAACCCCGCUGCACAAGUUGCUGCUGCUCUCUGCUCUGAUGGGAUCACCUCACUGCCUUCAACCCCCGUUUCCUGGCUGCAAGGUCAAGGUGGGGAAAUGCUGCCUCAGCUGGCACAGUGCAGCAUUUAGUCACCAGCAGGUCUAAGACCCCCCUCACCCUCUGCCCCAGCACAGUGGGAUCAGGAGCCACUAUUCAUAAAUAGUGGAAGAAGGAGGCAGUGCUUCCACAGCCAUCCCGGUUCUGCUUCGAGGACCACCCCCAGCAGCAGCAGUGAUGUUCUUGCGUGUGCGAGGUGGUGUGCAGCUGUGCCAGCUUUAUGCAAAACUGCUGCAACAAACAUUAGCCACAGUGACAAAUCCCAACACUGGCCUUUGGACUUGACUCUUCCUCCAGCUAAGUCAGGCUGAUGCCUGAAUGUUCCUGCUUGGAAUGUUCCUGCUUCACUCCUUCCCUUUGUCCUUUCUGUAAGAAGGUAGCUACUGCCGCAGCAGGUCUAGAAAAGGUUGUUUAUUUAUUGAUCAGCCCUGUCUCAGGCAGGGAGAAGCUGAACCAGCAGAUGGGAGCUUAGGACUUCCCAGCAAAGAUAUUUUUAAUUACAGAAUAAGCAAAUUUCAAAGUCACCGAGCAUGGCAGAGAAGCUAUUUAAAGGCAGAGCCUACACCAGAAUGCUCCCUCGUAAUAAAAGCUUUAUCACUGACAGUGAAUGUGGGGCUGGUUUGAGCAGUGUCUUGCAUCACUUGGGAGAUACACACGGGAGAUGUCCUCGUAUGCUCCCAGGAGCGGGAAGGGCAGUCCGGCUGCAGUCCUGCUCCUCUUCUGCCGAGCUGCCUCCACAGCGAGGAACCAUGCCCGAGGCCUGUCCACCAUCCCACCGCCUUGUAGGUGCCAGCUGUGCGUGCACACACACACCCCCACUGCUGCUGGCAGUGCCCUGGGAAGGGGCAACAGGGACCCGUGUUCACUCGGGCUGGAUCUGAACCCUGGGACAACGAGAACCAUCACUGGGUAAGGCCCUCCCAGGCAAGGUGACACAAAGCAAGAGCUACAGCUCCCUGGGGCAGCCUCUUCCUCUACUGCCAACAAGCACCGUGUUAGAUCAGGAAUUGACUUUAAAUCCAGCAGUAUGAACUGCAAAGCAUUUCCGAUUUUGUAAUUGGCGUUUCAUUGCACCACAGAAACCCUGAAAACAGCAGCAAAGAGCACAACUGGAGGCGGUCAGAAAGUCCCCCCUGUGAAUUCAUAUGAGCGCAUGUGAAACAUGUAGGGGAAUGUUUGAAAUGAACUGUGGCUGAAGCAGCAGGGAUGAUUUCCUACAGUACAAGGCAGGGUUCUUGUGCCAGCGCUUGUGAAACAACUAUAGUAUUUCCUUGGUUUUAAAUUCUUCCAGGAUUUUUACUACUUACAACAUUUUACUCCCACCAUUUUGGUAGCUCAGCUUUCCAUUUACAUUUAGGAAUCAUAUAAAAGUCUCAUCUCCAUAGGCAGGGGUAUUCCUUUUGCUGCCCAUCAAACUACAUUAAAUAAUCACAGCACAGCAGUAAACACCUGGAAGAGCCCAGUCACACACCUGAGAGGGGAACACCUCAACCUCCUGCCCUGCCUGAUACUCUGCCACUAACUGUGACCUCAGCCAGUGCACAGCAAAGAACCUGUCUCCUGUUUUAAAGCAGCCUGAAGCGCCCUGAUCAACAGGAGCUCUUGCUUAGGAGCACAUCUGCAGGGGCAGGUGAGCUGAGCUGCUUCAGGCCAUGUACCACUGCCCUGGGCUGCUCCACCGCCACAGGGAGCCCACAGCCUCGCAGCAGCCCGGCAGCGUUGGCCUCAGCAUAUGGCUGCUGGUGAGCUUGGUCCUAAGGGAGCAAACGGUGCAGGAAACUAAACCCUGGUGAUUGACUUCUCCGGUUUGCAGGAGAGGCGCAAACGAAACCUCUGGCACGGGAAAGCUGGGGACCCAGGAACCUGAACAGGUUUUGGCUUUUUUGUUUUUAGGUGACUGUGGUAAACAGAAGCAAACAUACAGCUGCAAGGCACAGAUUUCAGUUACAAGACCUAGCAAUAAAUUGAUUUUUUAAAUACUUAA